GGGUGGUGGGAUAUCAACCGCUAUUCUCAGCCCUCAUAACAGAGCUGGUGCAUAGGCGUAUAAAAGAGCGACAGGAUGACACAGACAUAAGUGUUUUGCUACAGAAGCUUAAAUAGAACCCGAAACUCCCUCUAGUUUGGGACGUGGUAUGUGAUAACACUACAGAGAUAGAGCGAAAGCAUCAUGAAGGUGACAAUCCUGCUCAUCUGCUCCUGCCUGGCCUGGGAAGGCCUUGGGAAGCCACAGUUUCCUGACCAAGAGAAAGAUCCUCUGUUCUGGAACACAUGGGCUCAGCGUACUUUGAAGAAUGCCCUCACACUUCAGAAGCUCAAUCAAAACACUGCAAAGAACCUCAUCCUCUUCCUUGGUGAUGGAAUGGGCAUUCCCACAGUGACGGCAGCACGAAUACUGAAGGGGCAGCUGAGCAGACAGAGCGGGGAAGAGACCCAGCUGGAGAUGGACAAGUUCCCCUUUGUUGCGCUUUCCAAGACAUAUAACACCAAUGCCCAGGUUGCAGACAGUGCGGGUACAGCCACAGCAUACCUCUGUGGGGUGAAGGCCAACGAGGGCACUGUGGGUGUGAGUGCAGCUGCCGUACGUUCCCAGUGCAACACCACACAGGGCAACGAGGUCACCUCCAUCCUCAGAUGGGCCAAGGAAGCCGGCAAGUCAGUGGGAAUAGUCACGACAACGCGUGUGAACCAUGCCACCCCCAGUGCAGCCUAUGCCCACUGUGUGGACAGGGACUGGUACUCCGAUGGAGAGAUGCCCGCUGAGGCAGUACAGGCGGGCUGCAAGGACAUCGCCAGGCAGCUCUUUGAGAACAUUCCUAACAUUGAUGUGAUUAUGGGAGGAGGGAGGAAGUACAUGUUCCCCAAAAACCAGUCAGAUGUGGAGUAUCCUGGAGAGAAGAAACACUUCGGUACCCGCAUCGAUAGAAGGAACUUGGUGGAGGAGUGGAAUAACCGAAUGAAAAACAAGAACGCCAACUAUGUAUGGAACAAGAAGGAACUUUUAUCGCUAAAUCCUAAUAGUGUGGAUUACCUUUUGGGUCUGUUUGAGCCUGGAGAUCUUCCCUAUGACCUGGAGAGAAACAAUGAGACAGAUCCUUCACUGACCGAGAUGGUGGAGGUGGCCAUUAAGAUCCUGAAGAAAAACCCCAGCGGAUUCUACCUGCUGGUGGAGGGGGGGCGCAUCGACCACGGACAUCACGAGGGUAAAGCCAAGCAGGCCCUGCAUGAGGCAGUGGAGAUGGACCGGGCCAUUGGCCACGCCGGCCUCAUGACCAGCAUAUAUGACACAAUGACUGUCGUCACUGCUGACCACUCUCACAUGUUCAACUUUGGAGGCUACACUCCAAGGGGGAACACAAUUUUUGGACUGGCUCCCAUGUUGAGUGAUGUGGACCAGAAGCCCUUCACAGCCAUCUUAUAUGGGAAUGGACCAGGGUUUAAAGUAGUCAAUGGUCUGAGAGAGAACGUCUCCACCCUUGACUAUGAGGAAAAUAACUACAAGGCCCAGUCUGCAGUGCCGCUGAGUAUGGAGACUCAUGGAGGAGAGGAUGUGGCUGUGUUUGCUAAGGGCCCUAUGGCUCACCUGCUGCACGGUGUCCAUGAGCAGAACUACAUUCCCCAUGUCAUGGCUUAUGCUGCCUGCAUUGGCCAGAACAGAGACCACUGCAUGUCAUCCAGUGGAGCCUCUAGUCUCAGCGCUGCACUGCCCAGCCUGACAGCUCUCCUCACACUCAUCUGUCUCCUCUGCUGACCUUUCACCCCAACCCUCCUCCUGCACUACCCCCACCCCUCCUCUCUGUAUAUAUGUAUUACUCCCACACCUUUUUUUAUAGUGUGGAUAUUAUGCAGAUUGGAUUCUUUCUCGAUUGCUGAUUUUUUAAAAUCAUUCUGUACAGUUUAAUGACUUUGGGACCAAUGUAAGGGCAUUUAAAAAACCAACUUUAUAAGAGGUUUUAAAAAUAGGUUCUAUUUGACUCAACAUUCCAUGACGUACAUUAAGGCAUUGUUGGCAGAAUAGAUGGAUGCAGUUCAAUGCAUGAUUAAUAUAAUUCACCAAUACAUUUGGUGUAAAUACAUUAUGUUGUACAUCACAACUGGCCUCCAUUCGGGAUGCACUGUUUCAUUUUCAAUGACUAAAUAUUUUGAACAAAAACUGACGAUUGUAACUAAGGCUGGGAAUGUCAAUACAAUCAAACUAGCAAGGGCAAUGAUCACAAGUCAGACAUAAUGUGGCUAAUAUGCUAGGGUAUCUAUUUAUGUAGCUAGCUAAAAACACAGAGCCUAGCGUUAGCUAGAUAGCUAGCUAGCUGCUAGGAGGAUGUGAGUGAGGACAUUCACCGACUUUUUCCCCUCAUGUAAUUUUUUUGAUGGCUACACAGCUAGAGAUGCACGUGUCAUUUGGUUAGCUAGAAAUAAAUGUGAAUCGUUUUGAUUGGUAGCUAUGCUGAAUGCCUGUUAUCCAGUUAGCAUUUCUCUUGCGUUCACAAAUUCACUAUGGCUAGCCAUCUACUCCAAUUUCAGAGUGCUCUGAGCGUGCCAGAGCGCUGAAUAACUGAUGAUUUUACAAACACGCAAGACCUGCUGAAUAAGACCGGUGUCAGUAACCGUAGGCCAAAAAAGUUAUAGUUAUUCAUGAAUGCUCUAUAUAACAUGUAAACAGCCUAAUCAGCUCUGCUCGGCGAGUAAAAUUGUCAAUGAGUUGUUCUCUCAUUUGUGUCUGGUAGUAGCUAGCUAGCAAGCUUAUUAACUUUGGCCAGUUACCUUGGGUGCUUGGUUGGGACAACGCAUGCAUUGGUAGGAAAGCUGCAGAAGGACAAGUAGGCUAUUCCCCAUCGUUUAUCAGUGCAAUUCUGAUGGCCAACAAGCUCAAAUAUUUUAGAGGUUUAUUGUUGCUGUGCAUAUACGUUAGGGAAAAAAAUAGGAUAUCACUUUAUUUCUACUGUAACAUAUAGGAUAGGUUGUGUUAUUUUACUUUGGUAUUGAUCACUAUUCAGGUAACACUGAAACUAUGUGAAGAAUUCUGUCAUAUCAGUUGGUUUAAGAGAAGGGUAUAUCUCUGAAUGUAUAUCAAUCAUUGUAUGGGGUAAAUAACCUCCCAGUAUUAAUGACAAAGCAGUGUUGCUGCCCACCUUGUUGUCUGUCAAUUCCAUGACUAUGGAUCAGGCUACUUUUCAAAGAAGCCAGUUCUUUUCCUAAAUUAGAAACCUAAUGUAACAUUUCCCUAGUUUUGAAUAUGAAUAUAUUAAAACAGUAUAUACAAACAGUAAACAGAAUUUACAUAGAUUCCCAAAACAAUCGUGUAAACGUUACAAUAAGGAAAGUAGAUGCUAUUUUGUAUGUAUGGUUUAAACAAACAAACCAAAACAAUGAAUUCCAUGUUCUUUGUACGUACUUCCCGAAAGCACUGAAUGAAAAGUCACCCCCUGUCAGAAUUUCAUAGAAAUAAUUUAGCCAAUAAAGGAAGUCCUGUUGGUUUUUCUGAAAA